AUGAUGCGAUCUCUUCCGAAAAGGUUGAACCCUCUGAUUCUCUCCGAUACGGCACCGCCUUACGAAGAGUUGCUUGCAUCCCGGCGUUUGGGAAAGACACAUCUCGCGGUCAAGCCUGCGCAGGUGGGUACGUCCAACGCGACCAAGCCUGAGAACCUCGGACCUUUCGAGUAUGCCCACCUUCGUGCGCCGUUGCCGAAAGAUCUCAAAGGAAGCGAGAUCUUCCCGUCGCACGCUCAGCCGCCCGAGACGUACUUCUUGAUGCGUCGGAGCAAGGAUGGUUUCGUGAGUGCCACGGGGAUGUUCAAGAUCGCAUUCCCUUGGGCCAAGUUGGAGGAGGAGCGAUCUGAGAGAGAAUACCUGAAGUCCCGAAACGAGACCAGUGAGGAUGAGAUCGCUGGUAACGUCUGGAUUUCGCCUGUACUUGCCCUCGAUUUAGCCAAAGAUUACGGGAUGCACGACUGGGUUCGCGCCCUGCUGGAUCCAACUGAGAUUGUCCAGAGCCCGUCGAAUGCGAAGAAGCAGAUUACUCCCCCGCCCAAGUUUGAUCUUCCCCCACUGGAAGCGCCGGAACUGGCACCCGCGCCCACGCUGCGUCGUAGCAGACGAUCUGCUUCUCCCAGCAAGAAACCCGUCUCGCCACGCAAACCGAGACAGACCAGGGCAGCCAAGGAGACGGCUGCGGCAUCCACAAGUGCCACCAACUCAGAUCUGCAGUCCGCGCUAGAAUCUUCCGCCGCGGCAUCGGGGAAGGCUAAUGGAAAGCUGGACGUGAUUGACGAGACCAAGGCCGAAGAGGCGGCGGAGGAUGAGGGUGUGAAGUCCAAGUCCAAGAAGACUGCCGAGAAGACUGCUGCCACCGCCGAGCCCGUUGAAGCGAAGGAAGAGGGGGAGAAGGUCAAAGUGGACGUGGAAUCAACCGUGGAGGCCACGGGCGACGUGGAGACGACCAAGACCACUGUUUCCGUUGAAAUGCCCAUCUCCCUGCCCGACUUGCCCUCGGCCGCCGAUACCGAGCAGAUGAUUGCAAAGGCCAAGGAGAUGGUCGAGGAAGCCAGGAAGCUGCAGCAGGGAGAAGAAGACACAGCCGAAGCGUCCACAUCGCCCAAGGCCGCCAAGAAACGCAAGCAGGAAGAAGUCGCCGAGGAGGACGGUGAGGAACCUUCAGAUCUUCCAGUGCAGCGGGCCAAGAAGGCCCGGGUGCUGGAAGAAAAGCUCAAACGGGAGCGCGUACGGAAUCGUGCUCUCGUCGGCGUGACGGCCACAUUGGCUCUUGCGUGA